CUCUUUCUAGACCUUUCAUGAAUGUAAGACUAAACUACAAAUAUCCCACUCAAACAAUGGCCGAGUUGAAGUGCUGGAAACAUCCCAUGUUCUCCUUCUUUAAACAAGUCAUCCAUCAACAUUUCCCUCCAACCAAAGCAGCAGUACGCCACCAUUUCUGAGUUUCUCACGAGUUGAAAGGUUGAACAAGGAAACAUGGCACCCGCUCUAUCUCUUUCUCUCCCCCACAUUCCCAUUUGCAAAUCUCAGGACCUUGCAAAUGAUGUCCAGAUUCCUAAAAGCACUAACAGAGACAGCCCAUCUCUCAAAACACCCCUAGUCCUAGAUAUCAAACUUAGUAAGAGAGAACUACUUAAUGCCACUUCUGUAGUACUCUUAAGUGAAGGACUCUCUGUUGCUAAGCCUGCAAGAGCUGCAGAGCCAGAGAGUCCAGUUACUUCAACUUCAAGUAGAAUGUCUUACUCCAGAUUCUUUGAGUACUUAGAUGAAGGUGCUGUAAGAAAAGUGGACUUGUUUGAGAAUGGGACGGUAGCAAUAGCUGAGAUUUUUAAUCCCACACUUGAAAAGAUCCAGAGGGUCAAAAUCCAGUUACCAGGACUGCCACAAGAGUUGUUGAGGAAACUAGAAGAGAAGAAUGUUGAUUUUGCUGCUCACCCAACAGAGCCGAACUGGACAGCUGCUCUACUUGACUCGUUGGGAAACUUGGCCUUUCCAUUGAUAUUGCUCGGCUCUUUGUUGUUAAGGACAUCAUCUACCAACACCCCCGGAGGUCCCGGCUUGCCAUUUGGACUAGGAAGGAGCAAAGCCAAAUUCCAGAUCGAGCCUAAUACUGGAGUGACAUUUGAUGAUGUUGCUGGAGUUGACGAAGCAAAGCAAGAUUUUCAAGAAAUUGUGGAAUUUUUAAAAACUCCAGAGAAGUUUGCUGCAGUAGGUGCAAGGAUUCCUAAGGGAGUUCUGUUAGUAGGACCUCCAGGAACUGGAAAAACCUUGCUAGCUAAAGCAAUAGCUGGAGAAGCAGGCGUUCCUUUCUUUUCUCUGUCAGGAUCAGAGUUUAUUGAGAUGUUUGUUGGUGUAGGGGCUUCAAGAGUUAGGGACUUGUUCAACAAGGCUAAGGCGAACUCACCAUGCAUAGUUUUUAUCGAUGAGAUAGAUGCUGUCGGGAGGCAGAGAGGGACAGGAAUUGGUGGAGGAAAUGAUGAGAGGGAGCAGACACUGAAUCAAUUACUUACUGAAAUGGAUGGUUUUAGUGGUAAUAGUGGAGUGAUUGUUAUUGCUGCUACAAACCGACCUGAAAUUCUUGAUUCUGCUUUGCUUAGGCCAGGAAGAUUUGAUAGGCAGGUCACAGUUGGGCUACCAGAUGUGAGAGGAAGGGAGGAGAUAUUAAACGUGCAUAGCAAAAACAAGAAGCUGGACAAAGGGGUCUCUCUGAGCGUUAUUGCCAUGAGGACGCCAGGAUUCAGUGGUGCAGACUUGGCUAACCUAAUGAAUGAAGCGGCAAUUCUUGCUGGUAGGAGAGGCAAAUACAAGAUCACCCUGAAAGAGAUUGAUGAUUCAAUCGAUCGAAUCGUGGCAGGCAUGGAGGGAACCAAGAUGACUGAUGGAAAGUGCAAAACUUUGGUGGCUUACCAUGAAGUUGGGCACGCUGUUUGCGCGACAUUGACACCCGGACAUGACCUGGUGCAGAAAGUCACUCUAAUUCCCCGGGGGCAAGCUCGUGGUCUAACGUGGUUCAUACCAGGUGAGGAUCCGACUCUCAUUUCCAAGCAACAGCUAUUUUCUAGGAUAGUUGGAGGACUUGGAGGAAGAGCAGCAGAGGAAGUGAUUUUUGGUGAAUCAGAAAUCACAACUGGUGCAGCAGGGGACCUGCAACAGAUCACUCAAAUUGCUAAACAGAUGGUAACAAUGUUUGGCAUGUCUGAGCUCGGACCAUGGGCACUGACCGAUCCAGCAGCACAGAGCAGUGAUGUGGUGCUAAGGAUGCUAGCUAGAAACUCCAUGUCAGAGAAACUCGCAGAAGAUAUCGAUUCAUCAGUGCGAAACAUAAUUGAAAGAGCAUAUGAGAUUGCUAAGGAACAUAUAAGGAACAAUAGGGAGGCCAUUGAUAAACUAGUGGAGGUGCUGCUAGAAAAGGAAACCCUCUCUGGGGAUGAGUUCAGGGCAAUCUUGUCUGAAUUCACAGAUAUUCAUGUUGAUAAAAUAGAUAGAACCCCUAACCAUUGCAUCUCUCUACUGAAACUCUCAUCUUCAGUCAAACAUGUCUCUCAAAUCCAUGCACAGAUCCUAGUCUCUGGUCUUCAACAAGACACCAAUCUUUUAACUGAACUCAUAAGAUUCUGUUCCUUAUCUCCCUCUAAACACCUCAGUUAUGCCCAUUCCCUUCUAUACAAUUCACUUGACUCACUGCCUCCUUGGAAUUUCCUCAUUAGAGGCUACGCCUCGGGUGAUGCACCGAAAAAUGCCAUACGGGUGUUUCAUAGAAUGCGAAAAGAAGGAGUUGGACCCAAUAACUUUACCUUCCCUUUUGUUUUGAAGGCAUGUGCUACUUGCUUGGCACUUGAAGAAGGGAAACAAGUACAUGCGGAUAUUUUUAAGUUUGGUUUAGAUUGCGAUGUUUAUGUUAACAACAAUUUGGUUCACUUAUAUGGGUCUUGUAAGAGGAUUUGGGAUGCAUGUAAAGUGUUUGAUGAAAUGCCUGUAAGGAGUAUCGUUUCGUGGAAUUCGGUGAUUACUGCUUGUGUUCAGAAUUUAUGGUUAGGAGAUGCAAUUUGGAAUUUUGUUAAAAUGAAGGACUUUGGGUUUGAGCCUAAUGAGACGACAAUGGUGAUUAUGCUUUCCCUCUGCGCACAAAUAGGGAACUUGAGCUUAGGGAGAUGGAUUCAUUCUCAAGUGAUUGAAAGGGGGAUGACAUUGAAUUGUCAAUUGGGCACUGCCCUUGUUGACAUGUAUGCAAAAAGCGGAGAUCUUGGUUACGCUAAGCUAGUUUUCGAUAGAAUGGAGAAGAAGAAUGUUUGGACUUGGAGUGCAAUGAUUUUGGGACUAGCUCAACAUGGAUUUGGAAAAGAAGGGCUUGAGCUUUUUCUCAAGAUGAAAGAGAGUGUUUCUAUUUGCCCAAAUUAUGUCACAUUCCUAGGGGUUCUCUGUGCUUGCAGUCAUGCUGGUUUGGUUGAUGAGGGGUUUCGGUACUUUUAUGAAAUGGAACACAGGCAUGGAAUUAGACCAAUGGUCAUACAUUAUGGUGCCAUGGUUGAUAUCCUGGGUCGUGCUGGGAAUCUUGAAGAGGCUUAUAACUUUUUAAUGGACGUACCUUUCCAGCCUGACCCAAUUUUGUGGAGGACAUUGCUCAGUGCAUGCAAUAUUCACAAUGCUAAUGUCAGUGAUGGCUUAGUAGAUAAGGUAAGAAAGAAGUUGCUUGAACUAGAGCCCAGGAGGAGUGAGAACUUUGUGAUAAUUGCAAACAUGUAUGCUGAUGCUGGGAUGUGGGAAACGGCAACAAAUGUGCGGAGGACUAUGAGAGAUGGUGGUUUGAAGAAGAUAGGUGGCGAGAGUUGCAUUGUUUUAGAGGGCUCAAUCCAUCAGUUCUUUUCUGGCUGUUCAAAAGAUGAUCAUGAAAGUAUCGAACUGCUUCUAGAUGGACUGAACUUGAACAUGAAAAUGGUAAACUCCCUGUAAUCAGUAUUGCUUGUCAUGUCAUUUAUUCCAUUGGAGGAUUUUGCGACCUUGACUAGCACUUGCAUAGUUGCAUAUGAAAUUUCCAUUCAUCAUUA